AUCGCUUUGUUCUUACGUACUCUCAAUUUCUAGGUAAUUUCUUGAUCAAUUACCUUCUCUACACCACCAAACCCUACAAUUAUUUCACAUUUCGAUUUCAAUUCACAUUUAAUGUAUCAUUAUUCCUACAAACCAACUUUCCACUCAAACAUUUUUCCGUCUUUCCACUUUACUCCUUCACAAUCGGUAGAUUUUUCUUCACUUAAUUCUCAGUCGAACUUCGAGCAAUCGAUGGGACCAUUCUAUUCUGUGUGAGUUGGAGAAAUGCCUAAAGUUAAGACCAGCAAGAUCAAAUACCCAAAUGGGUGGGAAUUGAUUGAACCAACCCUGCGAGAGCUUGAUGCUAAAAUGAGAGAAGCUGAAAAUGACCCACAAGAUGGCAAGCGGAAGUGUGAAGCGUUAUGGCCUAUUUUCAAGAUUUCACAUCAAAGGAGCCGAUACAUUUUUGACCUUUUCCAUAAAAGAAGUGAAAUAUCAAGGGAGCUAUAUGAGUUUUGUCUGGAACAAGGCUAUGCAGAUGCCAAUCUCAUUGCUAAAUGGAAAAAGCCGGGAUACGAACGUCUUUGUUGCCUCCGCUGCAUACAGCCUCGUGACCAUAACUUCGGCACUACGUGUGUCUGUCGAGUGCCAAAACACUUGAGAGAAGAGAAAGUUGUGGAGUGUGUGCAUUGUGGUUGCAGGGGAUGUGCUAGUGGGGAUUGAUUUUGUUUCACAUUGCAGAAGCUGGGGUUAUAUAUAAUGCGAUCUUUGCAGCUAACUUGUAAUUUGUAUUGAUAUCAAUCAAAUGUUUAAUCUAUUUGUCCAAGGUAGAUAUGAUCCUGUUACGUACCAUGGACCCUUGUUGUGGUAAGUUGGAACUGGUGAUUCUUUUUCUAACUUUUGUACCCCUUAAA